AUGAGGCAUAAAGCGUUCAUUCUUCUUCAAAUUGCAAUAUUAUGCACGCUACUUGGAUCGUCUGCAGGCUACUUGUCACCCAAGAAAUCAGAGUCGAAUUCAGAGGCGUCUGAUGCGAAGGCCAAGGAUUUGGCCGGAAAAUUUGAAGAUGUUCUGGGAAUUCAUGGGAAUAAAGGUAUGCUGAAGUUUUUCUAAUGGCUCUAGAUGAUGUCUUUGACAUUUAUUUAUCUUGAUUUCCCACUGAACCGCGUGAAAAGAGAGAUUACUCAAGUUGCGCAAUAUUUGGAUUAUAUAACUGAACAAAAAGCUAUUGUGUGACAUAGACAUUGCGUAAUGUUUUAUGGACAAUGAGUGUCCAGAAAAUUGACAGUGGUUUGAGAUUUAGGGUUUGUUUUGAAAAGAUAGUAAUUGCAAAGAGGAAGCUAUUUACUAGGUGCUAUUUACUUCCAUAUAACCUGUAUAUUUUGCACACUCCUGGAGAAUAUCUCCCAUAUCAAUUCCUGAAAAUAUUAGCUCACGCUUUGCAGGGAUAGCCGAGAUAUUUAACAAUGUUUUACGCCGAGAGAGUACGGGAAACGCGAAGGGCGGUCACUGAGAAAAAAAAACAGUUUUGAUCGUGUUUUUUGCCAGUUUCAAACAAAACAAAAUUAAUUUUUUUGUGGAAAUCACACUCUAUUGUAGAAAUAGGAACAUAACUUUUUCAUGCCAAAGAAAUGACCAAAUUUCGUCAGUCUACAGUAUGCGUCAUAAUUAUAACCGCACUUUUAAAAUGAGUGUAACUUUUGUGAUUGUGAAUAGAAAUGUGUCAUAUUUGGCACCAAUGUGCAUCAGUGUACUAGAAAUGAUGUCCCAAAAAAUCAUUUUCAAGAGUUUCCGUAUUUUAGAGAAAAGCUGCAAAAACCAAAAUUAUGAUACUUUUCGGUGUCGCAAAAUUAUAACCGCACUUGCGAAUUUGGGGUAUUACCCUAAUAAAAACACAGUAUAUCAAUAACUGAUGUUUAGUUACGCUUCCUGAGGCCUCAAUAACGCCCAUCACACGACCCGAAACCCUCUGGGCAAAUUUUUUUGGCGCAUACUGACCCAUCUUGUCCCUGAAGCGGAAAACGGCAGAUUUUCGCUUAGAAUACCGCUUGUUGUAGCGAUGUAAUCAACGGGCGAGGGGGCCCCACAAGUUUCCUAUCGGAUUUAAACCCAGGGAAUAUGCGAGCGAGUCUAUGGUGGCAAAUGCCUUGCUGUCAAAGGAACUGGUAUGUCGGCCUUCUACGGUUGACGUGGGCAUUCUCGAACAAAAGUAGAGCCAGAUUGCCAGUACGGUACCAGAUGUUCGCCUAAGACUUCGUAGUACUCGAAGCUAUUCAUUUGAGUUGCUGUGGCCGCGGACGGAAGGCCUCCGGCUUUUUUGAAGGCGCCCCAAGUCAUCAACGGGCGGCCUCUAUAAUUACGGCACGAGAAGCGACGCGAUACGUUUUUAAUGUCAUGCCGUUGGUAUGUAAAACCGUCAGGGCAUCGUGUGACUACGCAAUCCACAAGGAAUAUGGUAUUGCAACGGUCUCACGUUGGUUUCAGCGACCUUCCACUAAUCAACCUCUGUUGUGAAUGUCUCCUUGGCAAAUUUCGGCUGUGGAUUGCCGUAAACCGGGGUCAGCUGGGGUCAGAGCUUCACAUAAUACCUUGUGAUGACGUCGCUGUGUUUCCUACCCUCAGCACGGUGCUUCCGCUACUAAUGAAGCUCAGUUCUUGAUUUAAGUGAACCCCAGAGAUGGCGGAGUUAGAAGUCCGGCGGAUUAUUUCUCUUCAACCAGAAGCAGUGGUAAACUUUUGUCUGCCAUAACAUUUAGAUUUGUUAAAGGCUUCCGAGACGACCAGGAAGUUCCUCACAACUUGAGCCCAACGGUCUAACUGAGCGAAAAUCUGCCGUUUUCCGCUUCAGGGACAAGAUGGGUCAGUAUGCGCCAAAAAAAUUUGCCCAGAGGGUUUCGGGUCGUGUGAUGGGCGUUAUUGAGGCCUCAGGAAGCGUAACUAAACAUCAGUUAUUGAUAUCCUGUGUUUUUAUUAGGGUAAUACCCCAAAUUCGCAAGUGCGGUUAUAAUUUUGCGACACCGAAAAGUAUCACAAUUUUGGUUUUUGCAGCUUUUCUCUAAAAUACGGAAACUCUUGAAAAUGAUUUUUUGGGACAUCAUUUCUAGUACAGUGAUGCACAUUGGUGCCAAAUAUGACACAUUUCUAUUCACAAUCACAAAAGUUACACUCAUUUUAAAAGUGCGGUUAUAAUUAUGACGCAUACUGUACCAUUUAAAAAUCUCGGUUGUUCCUGCAAAGCGGCAGCUAAGACUCUCGCAUGUCUCUGGCUAAACUACUAGUCUAAAUUUGCCCCAAAUUUCAUCGAAUUCAAAGCGUUGCACUUCUUGCGCUCUCUCAUGGGAGGAACUGUCAUAAAAAUCGAUUUUCAGACCGUCCCGACCCUCAAAAGUUCGAUCAGAUCUCGCGGAAAGACGCUGUGAGGUAUAUGCAAAGGCUGUUCACCGAUCAUCUGAAACAACACUAUUUUAACACUGAAGAUGUUAUCACCGCUAUCUUCCCGGAGAAAGGUAAUUUAUAUCCAUUUUUCCUGUCGAAAAAAUCACUUUUCAUAAUUUCACCUUGCAUUUUCUCAAUCUCAAACUCUCGAGAUUUUACGGUUGUCGAGAGAGUUGGGGUUUGCUCGUAAAUCACCGGAAAAGGAGACAUAUCACCGCGUACAUGACGGGAGAAAGACAAAUUCCUUUUUGAUAGGCGCAUAAAACAAAUAGCCCGAAUUUAGACUAAUUAUCGGGUUGUAAACGAACUCGCCGCAAAUGACUUCGGGUGGAGAAGAUGGACAAAUCCGUAUGCAAAUAAAUAGAGACGUUGCUGUCGGUUCACUACCAAUGGUAGUGGGCCAAAUUUAGGCGGAAGGCUUUUCUGAAAUCCUCCUGAAAACUUGCAAAAGUUAUUCUGCCAGGCUGCGUAUAGUGUAGUGAAAAUGCAAGAAAUCAAAUAUUUUGCAAUGCUUUUACAAAUUAGAUAUUUUGGCAAAGACGCUGAAAGGGAAGUGCCACAAGUUCGACGCUAAAAUCAUGAUAAAACUUGGCUGAAAUUUAGAAUCAUUUUUUCCUAACACAUAUGCCAGUUUUCUUGCUAGCGCUUUGCAGAAACAACCGACCAUUUUCGUGGAAAAGUUGGCCAAAAUCCAGAAGUUUUUUUUUGAAGUUUAUGUGAUUGGCAGCUUCAGCUUUGCCAGAGAUGAGAACCUUUUUAAAAGCUUGUUUUUCUAUGUCCAAAGAGGGCAUACCACUGCCCUCUUUUAUGGAAUAAAUUUACUCAAAGCAAAAUUGGCAGGGAUAUGGCCAAGCAGCGUUUUUCUCUCUGACCGCUCUCCGCCUUCCACAUACUCUCUUGUCGCCAAAGUUCAACGAAUAAAUGUCUCUAUUUUAACAUUUAUCAUCAAAUCACAACGAUUAAGACACUAUCCUCCCAUAUUUCAACGACAAACCCACAUACUUUUCAGGUGAGCGCCGAAAAAUCACCUUCAAACCCUCCCUGGUCGACUCAAAUUCAAUCAUCGACAAAGCCGAGGUCCAUAUUCGGCCGCGGCACAACGCUGACCUCCGCAACUCUUUUAUCCAAGUCUCAUGUGCAUCCUGUGUCAAAACAAAAUCGCUCAAAGUCACACCCUCAUCGUACGACACCCACAAAUGGAUCAAGUACGACGUCACGGAUCUCGUCGACGACGCUCUCCGAAAUGGCAAACAGAGCAUUGAAGUGGAGCCGAAACUCCGUCGCGCCAUCUACGACAUUGAUGUCAAUCAGCCAUGGAGGUCGGCGUUUCUGACUGUUGAGACCUACAACUCCAGUGUGGUCGGCAAGAAGGACAAAAUGGCGGAGAACCCGAAGAGCCGCAAGCAUAAGAUUCAUAAGAGAUCAUUAGACGACUAUUAUCGUUAUAUGCCCACAGGCGACGAGAGUGAUGAGAACUCGAUUCUGGGGGAUGUGUAUGGCAAAGCGGAUAAGUCGUUGGAGCAGUUGAGAAGUCGGGACGAGACAAUCUUCAGGAGGAAUUACAACAUGGUCAAGACGGCUGGGCCAAGGAUUCUGCAGGCCAGGCCAAAGCCGGUGAGUUGAAAAUUUAACCGACUUUUUUGAUGUCUAGUAUCACUGUUACGAACUGUAGAAAUAGUGCCGGAACUCUACAGAAAGAUAAAUGCUCCUUAUGUUGUACAAAAAUAAUUUUCCAGAAGAAAAAGUAUCGUUCAAAGAUCCACCGUCACGACCCAAUGAUGGGCUUUGGUCGAGAUCUCAGCGACGAAACGACGACUGAAAUUACUCCUCAUCUCUCUGACUUUGACUCCGAAUUUUCGGUUCAUCUUCUUGAUCAGGAAAAUGACACCAAGAACAAACAUCAGGUAAGUGGGAAAAGAAGCUGGUAGUUUCAAAUUGAUAGUUUGACCCUCUCAUUGUGGUAGAUCAACCCAACUUUGAACUUUUAGAGAUGCCAAAUGCGAGAUCGAACUGUAUCAUUCCGCGAAAUCGGCUGGGACAAAUGGAUAAUCGCCCCCAAAGAGUUCCCAGCCGAUUAUUGCUCCGGCUCCUGUGAAUUCCCACUGGAGCCGGCUCACCAUGCCACAAAUCAUGCGCAGCUCCAGUCCAUUCUCCAUACGCUGGCCGGCACAGACAUCCCUGAUGUUUGCUGUGCGCCACAGAAGCUGGACUCGCUCAGUCUGCUGUUCUACGACGAGAAUGGAAAUGUGGUCUUGAAGAACUUCCCGAAAAUGGUCGUAUCUUCAUGUGGAUGUGUUUAA